ACAUGCAGUCACAGAAGUUUACCUUUUCCUUGGAACCAAUCCAGCAUAGGAUGACAAGAACAUGAAUCUACUAAAACAUAGACUGUAUUAGCUCAUCUGUUCUUGCCAGACACAAUGAGGUUUUAUACCUAACGUGGUUUAAGGAUCACCCUGAACUCUCUCAUCAGAGGGCAAAGACUUGUGAUAAAAGGCAUUUCUAAGAAAUAAUUCACUUUUAUGUGUGGUUCAAAGUAUUCCAGAGACACUUUUUAAAAAAUAUACUUUCACAGUUGUCCCAGUAGUAAUAAAUCUGAAAUGGUACAAAAAAAAAAAACCAAAACAAAUAAAAAACUGACUUAGCUUAUUGAAGGCAGCAGUAUUUAUGAAGUGUCUGUUUGAAUGUAGAACUGCUGGGUACCACACACAGAGAGCAAAGUGAACUCAAACUGGUUCAUAGCUUUUAGAAAUCCUCGAGGGACUCCUUUUGUGAGCUCCCAGGCAAUGCAAAGCUAUUUGGGAUGAGCUAUAUCCUGGACACAAAGAGAUCAUUUGAGCUGGCCAGCUUAAUUUCUUCACAGAGCAAGGAGAACUGGAAAAAAAAGAGCAGAUUUGUUUCUUAAUUCUUUGCACAACCAACCUACAUUUAAUCCUUAGGCACCUUCCCAAUCAACCUAUCCUGCACAUUUUCCAACCUAUGCAGAAAUAAAUAUCUAAUACGCUCCAGAGUUGGCAACACUCGGAAAUGGUUAUAAACCUUAUCCAAAAAUUCUGAUUAACAUGUGUAUUAAAACAAAAUCAGUGUUUUGUCUUUUUGUUGAGACGGCUGCCUCACAUGGUUUCUUGCUCAUAUUCUAAUUCCUUCAGUUUGAUAUCCACUUCUUUUUAUAUUCAUUUUGUUCAGUUCUUUUGUUGCUGAAAAUGUUCUCGGCCUCGUCCAACGCCGUACUGUGCCAGGAAUGUGUUUUGCUUUACGUACAUCUUUUUGCAUUUUCUCUGCUUUCCCAGGAAUUUGCUGUAACAGUCAGCUUUCAUUUGGAGCCCGACACACAGGAAGGCAAACGCUCAUGGUGUUGGGUCAGACUGUUCCAUGAUGUGAAGAAAAGGCUCACUGCCACACCUUUCCACGCGCAUGUCCAGCAGUGUCUGCACAAAGAUGAGAAACUUAUUUGGCGAACAAGGCUACAGCAGAGCCGGAGGAGAGAGAGGAAUGACACACGGUCUGUGAGGCCCCUCUGCCUGCACAGUUACACUCAUUUUUACUCUCUAGUCUACUUUGGGCUUUUGAAAGUUCAGAUGCAAGAAACCCUUACUUAUGUGGACUGCCAUGUUUUGCCCUUGGAACUCCCGGAGUUUAGCCUAAUUUUAGAAGCUUGGGUCUUGAAUAGCUGCCCUCAUUUCAAGAUCUUUCCUCACAUAUGGUGGUUCCAUGACUGCAACGGACCUGAAAAUUCCUGCAGUAGUGACAUAGCUGUUGCAAUGCUCAAACAAGACGUAACUUAUGCUGGUGGUGGUGCUGGUGUAAAUAAACUUACUGUGCUGUCAACGGCGGAAAAAUAAAGCAUAUGAAGAGUCAGGGUAUGGGGGUGUGCCUACAGUACCUGGGACGUGGUGAUGACCUAGCCAACAUACUUCUUCUUAAAACAAAUGAACAAGCAAAACAAAAACUAACCAAUACCCCAUGUGCCCAAUGGAAUUAUGCACAGUAACCAUCUGAUAAUAUACAACCAGAGUAUUGGUUUAUGACUUCAUUAUAUUUUAAUAUUCAAAGUGGACUUCUAGCCAGGAGUUGUUGGUGCACGCCUUUAAUCCAAGCACUCUGGCAGUUCAAGGCCAGGCUGGUCUACAGAGUUCCAGGACAGCCAGGGAUACCAGAGAAUCCCUGUCCCAAAAGACUUCUAAGGCAGGCACAGAGGCUGACAGAUGACACAGGCCCACAAACACAAGCUCUCAGGAGGUGGGAGGAAGUAGGCUCAGAUUUUCAGUCUUCUGCACACACCCAGUCUCAAGGUCAGUCUACAAUGAAACAGCUGAGCGACACCAACAGCAGCCCUACACGUUUGCAUCAUUGUCCCUCCAGCUCUGCUGACCAAUGGUUCUCGGAACGCUUCAACAGGAAACAGCACUGGAUUUGCACCUUUACUGACGCUGCCACUCGAGCUCCUUUACAGCUCCACAAGGCCUUAAAUACAUUGUCACUGCUUUUUAUAUGAAAAGAUCUCAGAAAGCAAAACAAUUUAUUGGGAGAGUCUCUAUUUACAGAAUUAAAGACUGAAUAAUGCAUUCAAAUGGUGAAAUAAAGUAUUUGCUGACCAUGAAAGAAGCCCUGAUCUAAUUCCCAGCACCACAAAAUGAGAGUAAACUACAAAUUCACCUGCAUGCUAUUUUCAUUUAAUUAAACACAGCAGGCUGUGAAGAUGACCCACUGGGUCAAAUGGGGAAAAAAAAAAAAACCCUUUAGAAUGUGGCUUGAUGUCCUCCUCCCCUGAAAAAAGGGGCCCCAAACAAAAACCAGAACCAGUGUUUAACAAUCUAUAAAGGUGUACGGAGAGUUCAGUCUUUGCAACAGGUGGUCUUACAUCAACUGGACUGUUCACUACAUGCUUGAGAGCUGUGUUUUGAUGGCUGGAGACGGCUCAGAGGCUGAACAGCUCUUGCAGAAGACCCAGAUUCAAGUUUCCAGUGUCCACACGGCAGCUCACAACCUUCUGUAACUCAAGGUCCAGGGGAUCUGAUGCCCUCUUCAGUAUGUGGUAAACUCACACCAGCACACAUAGAGAAAUAAUGUUUAACAAAAACUCAGCCUGCCUCCUGUAAAACGGAUCCCAUCAAGGACAGGUGGAGUCCUUAUAAACCACUGUUAGGAAUAAAAGGGCACAAUUUUAGAAAACACCAUGAAAUCCUCUUUAAAUGUUUAAAGUGCGAACCACACGUUGCUGUGUUCAUACAAAGAUCUGUGCAUGACUGUUCAGAUGGUGACCUGUAAAGGCCUUAACCAGAAACAAUCCCAGCCAACAGGUGCAAU